GCAGAACGGCCACAGAACUGGAUCUGACAGCGCGGGGCCUGCGGGGGCCUGCGGCGCCGCGUCUGCCCGGUUGCCCGCAGAGUUGGCGACCAUUGAAGCUCCUGCGUGCCUUCCGGGGCCGGGUCGCGCCUAGGCUUGCGCGGCGGGGCCGGGCUGUGCGGGGCAGCCUGGCCCGCGGCUGGGAGCUGGCCGCACGGCCCUGGGCUCGGGGCCGGCCCUGCAUACAGGCGGCCGGGGCGGCGGGCGGGCAGGCAGCGCGCCGGGCAGCCCUCGGCCGGCAGCCAUGACGGCGGCGCUGGGGGCGCGGGGGGCGACGCGGCUCUGGUUCUCGGCGCUGCGGAGCCGGGGCCCGAGCCUCGCGGCCAUGUCAGCAGAUGCUCACCGGUUGACAGCAGAAGAGAGGAACCAAGUUAUACUUGAUCUUAAAGCAGCAGGAUGGUCGGAAUUAAGUGAGAGAGAUGCCAUCUGCAAAGAGUUCACCUUCAAAAACUUUAAUCAGGCAUUUGGCUUUAUGUCCCGAGUUGCCCUACAAGCAGAGAAGAUGAAUCAUCACCCCGAAUGGUUCAAUGUGUACAACAAGGUCCAGAUAACUCUCACCUCGCAUGACUGUGGUGGACUGACCAAAAGAGAUGUGAAACUGGCCAAGUUUAUUGAAAAAGCAGCUGCUUCUGUGUGAUUUCUUCCAAAAUGCAUGUAAAUCUUAUAUACAUCUUAACUGCAAUGUAUUUUGAAGGCAAUUUACAUGAACAAAUUAAGUUGUAAAUUUAGUUCACCUUUUGAACUCCUUUAUAAAAUCUGUGCUUAAAUACAAAAUGAUUUAAACUUGA